CCGCUGAAGAAUGUCGAAGGGUUGUCGCCAUAUUGGUCUAUAUCAGAAACUCAUAAGGGAUUUGAUUGCGGGAGUUGAUCCCUUAGCUUUUCAGUGCCAUUUUCAUCGUAUUAGACAACUUUAUUCUGGCCUUUUUCUUCCAAUGUGACAACCUAAUGUGAAGAUGUUGUUUGACGAGGAAGAGGUGUUUAAAGGUUUGACGGCUUGGUUUUCCUCUAGUGUUCCUGAAAGCGUGAGGUCUCAAUGGGGUAAGGAUAGUUGUUCAACUCUUCUGUUGAGUUUUAAAAAAGCUUAAGCUUAUAAUAACCUUAAACUUGCAAGUCUGAAUAAUUCAGGCUUAAGUAUAAGCUUAUAACGUAUGGAAUACGCAAAGAAACCUUAAAAAACAGGACCUGAACAAUCGAUGAAAUCGAUAAUCGAUGGCAAUCGAUAACAAUCGAUGACAAUCGAUAUCAAUUAAUCGAUUGAUAUUGAUAAUCGAUGGACAAUCGAUCACUAAAAUUUUUGUGAUUAUUGAUUAUCAUCGAUUAUCAAUAUCAAUCGAUAAUCGAUGGGAAUCGAUCAAUUAACAUAAUAGAUUGUUAUCAAUAUGCAAUAUCAAUCGAUUACCUAUUCAGUCAAACAUUUCAAUUGCCAAUUUCAUCGAGUACUAAUAAAGUUACACAUUACACAUUAACAAUACGCUUAAUCGUGUUUGAACGACGACUGCGUCCCAGGUCAGUUGAAUCUUUGCAAUCAACUCAAAGCGAAAUCGAUCAAGUUUGUACACUGACAACGAGAUAUGUUAAUUGUCUUAAUUAUUUGUGCUGUUUUUCACGGAGCCACAUCGAUGAACAAUUCUCAAACUUUGCUACUGAGGUUUAAAAACAAUGUACGAUCUGUGUACAAUCCCGCGAUACCUGAAGAUACGGAGACAUGAAUAGUGCCAAUCAAUGGUAAUCGAUAAAGUUCGCGACCACCUAAGUGUGAUUAUCGAUUGAUCAUCGAUUGGCCGAUGCCAAUCGAUGCUAAUCAACCGUAAUUAAUCUAUUGUCAUCGAUUGAUCGAUUGAUUUUCCGAUCAUCGAUUUUCAUCGAUUGUUCAGGUCCUGAAAAAAGCCACCCUCAUCGGUUUUUUUCAUAGCCGGAUCGUUUAUGGGGUUUAUGCCUAAUCAUAUACAGCAGGCCUUUGGAAGCGUAUAUUGAAAACGACAAGAAAGAAAAACUUUUACGGUAAAUGACCCACUUCCAAAUGAACGCCCCCUCUACGCUGUCAAAACUGUAUUCGACACCCCUCUCUAAUAAACUCUCCCUGUCUAAUAGACGCCCCCUAUGAGAACAGACCUUGUCACGGUUUUCGACGCCAACUUGACAAGUGGUGAAACGCGUUAGAAAUUACAGUGUUUGUAUGAGAAAUCGAAUAAUUUUUGUAGAGCGGCUGUUCUGAAAAAAAAAAAAAGAAUUAUAAACUAAAGCUUCACUCUUAAGGAUUCUACUGAAAAAAAUUGAGGGCGUUACAUGCACCGGAAGACUUGAAACCACUUUUUUAAAUUUGCUAUCCAUUUGUCUGUAAGAAAUUCCAGGGAAAAAUUACAGACAAAUAUAUAGAAAAUCUAAAGCAAGCCUUCCGAGAAAUUUAAGCACAGGUACUCCCCUAGCCUGCGAAAACAUCCGUUUCUCCUCGCUCUUCGCCGCCGGGGACGUUUCGCGAGGAGGAACGUCUGCAACUCAGCGGCAGAAAUUCCAUACUGAUGACGCAAUCCAAUGUUUACAUAAUAAAUCCAGUAGUCAUGGGGUUCCAAAUACAAAUUUGUCCAAUUUUACAUGUCUUCUGGUCGAUUUUGGUGAAGUGUUGUGUUCAUCUGCCAACGAGCUGCAGCAAAACUCAAAUGCUUCUUCUAGAGAAGACUAUAUUCCACAAAUAUUGACUGUUUUGUUAGAGAUUCUUCGCGUUUACAUUUGACCUUUGUGGCCUUUUGUCUUUUGUCUGUCAUUCAUAAACAAUAGCUAAAACAAUGUAUCUACUCCGUCGACCAAUCAGCGCUUCUUACCAGAUUCCGGACAGAUUUUACGUCAUCAGUAUGGAAUUUCUGUCGCUGAGUCGCAGAUGUUCCCCCGCGCGAAACGUCCCCAUUGGCGAAGAGCGAGGAGAAAUGGAUGUUUUUACAGGCUAGUACUCCCCCAAAAUGUUUAAGUACAAUCCUUUGCUUUGUAGCUUUAGGUUUACUGUAGGUAGUGUCGACUGAUAUAUCGGUUGAUAUAGCCGUCGAUAGCUGGUCGGCACUCGGUCGAUAUAGCGGUUGACAGUCGGUCGAGACUGGGUCGAUAGUCAGACGAGUGUGGGAUAGAAUAUCGGCCGAUAUUAUUUUAGACGACGCACCUCGACCGACUAUUGGUCAUAUGUUGGUGAUAUAUUGGUCAACUGUUGAUGGUAUAUCGGUCAACUGUCGGUGGUAUAUCGGUCAACUGUUGGUCGAAUAUUAGUCGUGUGUUAAUUUACCUGUAGCAGGUGAGUCCAAUGGCUUUCUUUUUAAGCAUUGAGGUAAUUAAUUACUGUUAUCAUGCGAUGGGGGAACAUGCUCUAUGAAGCGAACCGAAGAGCACUGGGAACUAGGGAGAAACCAAACCGGCAAUGAUACCCAAAGCAGAGUGAUAUUGAGCUUCAAAUACAUACAGAAACGUUUAUAAAUUUGAGUGAAGAAACCAGAGGAAAAAUUUCCCUCUUCAUCACUUGGUAAGAAUUUCCCUUUUGGAUGAUGCUUCCUCGAAAAUUCUUGAGCAGACUGGCAACUGGCAAAAACUAGAGAAAAAGGAAAAGCGAAAAAAAAGCAGAAAAGUCUAAAGAGAUUGAAUUCGACUUUUGGGCUGACCGAAAAAUGUCCAAAAAUGUGAAUUUUUCAAGAAUUUCCACGUGUCAAUCGGUUAAACAACUCAGACAGCUAAAAUUGGUUCAUAUUUCUUUAGUUUUGCUGCAAUUUCUUCUUCAGGGUUACUGGUAACGGAGCAAAAACUAUACAGACCGACAAAAAUCUUGACCGAUAUAUCGAUAGACUAUCGGCCGACUCUCAACCGAUAUAUCGAACGGCUAUCUUCUGACUAUCAACCAAGUGUCAACCAACCAUCGACCGAGUGUUGACCAAUUACUGACCAAUACAUUGGUCAAGUAUCGACCAACUAUCAGCGAAAAGUCGGCGAAGUGUUGGUGAAGUAUUGGUGAACGAAAAGCUAUAUCGGCCGAGAUACAUCUGGAACGACUAUUGACUGUGUCUCGACCAAGUGUCGACCGACUAUCGUCCGAGUCUUGACCAAGUAUUGACCGCUAUAUCCACUGAGUGUCAACCGACUAUUAACCGCUAUAUCGACCGAUAGAUUGGUCGACACUACCUACAGUAAACAUGAUCCGCUUUAGUUUACAGUUGAAAUUUUUUUCAGAAAAGCCAUUUUAUGGAAAUUAUUCAAUGUUAGAUUCUCAUACAAACACUGUAAUUUCUCACCUGUUUGCCUACUCAUCAAGAUGGCAUUGAAAACUGUGAAGAGGUCUAUUACUCCAAAAUACUAUGGUUUCAGACCAAAAUAGUUGGGACACUUCCACCCAAAGCUCUCUUUAACCCAGAUAAAAAAAUGGUGAAGCCGGUUUUCCCAAGGAGAAGAUUAAAGGAAGUUUGGUUGGGGCUGUGCUGCUGAAACCCUAUGAUUCUGACCCUGUUUAAGGCAAAAUGUAUUAAAAUUGCAACCCUGUUUCAUUAAAAGGACAGGUUCAUGGUUCAGUGCAUGCUCAUUUAUCAAAAUGCUGUUUUUCUGCUGGAACAUGCUGUAUCAUCUGUGCAAGCAAAAUGAUCAUGUCAUAAUGUUGUCAAAAACCCAAUCUGCACACUCCCCUGGCAGUCACUUGCACUUGAUCAACUUGAAUAUUUGCAAAUAGCUGUAAAUUAAUCAUCCAUGGAAUAAAACCUUCAGGUCAAACAAUAUAUUCAACAUGGUAGUGCUGGCAUAAUCCACUAAUUUUUUCUGCGAUUUUAGUACUCCUCCAUCCUACUUCAAGUUACUCUGAAAUACACUUCUACUUUGAAAUACACUCUGAGGUCGCUGAGAUACAUGUGAGCGGGAUUAUUUACUGAUAGAAUUAAUAAUAGAUUGGAAAAAAGUAAUUUAAUUAAUGAGCAUGCGCUUAACUGCGAACCUGUUAAAUAGUGAAUUUGAAUAUUUUUUUUUUAAGUUUGAAGAUCCCAUAUACCUAUACCUGGCAGAGCGGCACAUCCUGAGUGAGCCAAACAUGGAAGUUUCCUCCUCUGGGCAUGUGUCCAUCUGUAAACUCCCAAGGGAACAAUUUUCCCUAUAUAGAGGCAAAGAAACAAUGCAAUUGUUAAUGAUGACAUAUUGUCAAGACAUCAUAACUAAUUUCAAAAUAUGCACAAAUGUGCUUGUCAACCACUUAACUACAAUAGCAAUACUAAAUUCUCAGUUAUUCUAAUAGUGUGUAAAGUAAACAUUCCUUUUACUAGCCUGCAGUGCAGGCGUUUUCUUUGAGUGGGCAAUAUGCUCACGAAAGUGCAAUGUUGAAACUUCCCAAAGAGAGGCGGAGAUGGGGCGAGUCAAAGGGAGCGGGGAGGGGGCGGGGAGAGAGAAUAGAAAAUGCCUGCCCGAAAACACUGUGAAAAUGAGAAACACCCCCUAAUUAGACGCGCGUGACUGCUCUUCCGAAAAUGAGUAGCCAACAAUAACGAAACAACCAAACAGUCGUUCCAGUCCAAAGACUUGCAUUGUCUUAAGAAAAACAAGCUGGAGUUUAUCAUUGUUUUUAUCUUGACUGAGUCACAAUGCAAUUCUCCACAGCCAAUCUCUGUAAAUCGCUAUCUGUGAGAAUUUAACAUCCUGCAAACAAUUUAAAAAACUAACGAGCUGGGCCCAAUGUGAUACAACAUUGCAGGAAAACAUCACAUUCUCGGACUAGAAAGAAAAUUGCUUAGUUAUUCAGAUCCUGAGGCACUUUGGACAAAAAUAAAGAACCUAACAGCCUUAUUAAGCGACAAAAAGAGCUUUAUGCUUCAAAAGAGGUCAAAGAAAACGCUCUUGCAUCAGCGGGCAAAUCAUGAAGACCAGAAAUUCAAAAACCACAGAAAAUCAAUAAGCAUGUCAUGACCUCUCAGUGUGAAACAAGGGGCUAAAAUCACAUUUGCUCAGUCAAAACAUAGAACCCUCUAGAGCAUAGUCUACUCGCCAGAAAAAAAACAAAACAUUGGAACAAGCAGCAUUUUGGCAUGAGGUAAAAGUGGUAUAGGUUUUAGUACUGCGAGCAAAUCUUGUCCUGAUGACCAGUGUAGAAAUAGCUUUGACUUUCUCAUUACGCAAUACACGCGACAUUCACAGCCGCUCCAAUUCCAAAAGACUGACAGAAGACGGAAUAAACAAUAUAGACUUACAGUUAAUUGACAGGCAUCAAUCUACUUCCCUAUGCCACACCAAUCAGGAGCUCCGUUUGCCAGCGUACGGAGUUUCCCAAAAGAACAAUGAUAUCGGGCAGGGGUAUUUUUUUCUCCCCUCCCCCUCCCCCCUUUCCUUUUUUCGCCCUCGCACCUAGUGUGACCAAUUAAGGAACAUAGUGACUUUUCAGUCACAAUUUUUGAACAAAAAACAAAGGAUUUAGGUCAGGGAGCUUCCAACAUAAACUGCAGUGCCAUUAUGUUCAUCUUUGAUAUUUCCCGACUUUCAUAACUGGUCUCCUUUACUAACUACAAAUUCGGUCACUGAAAAUCAAUGUUAUUCGUUCUGAUAUGUCCUUUUUCCGCAUAUUUUGUAAAUAAAUAAGAACCCUACGUCAGACUUUUAAAAUCGAGGUGUUUUAAGCUCUCUUCAUAUUUUUGCCAAAAACAUAUUUACAAGAAUAAAUACCUCUUUUAAAUGCCUCUUAUUUAUUAAGCACCCUUGCUUGGACCCGAAGAUUUAUUGGGUCAUUUACAGUAUUGCAGAAACCUCUCAAAGGUCUUAAGGGAAACAAGCCAAAGGGAAAAAUAUGUUUGAAAAAAAUAAAAACAAGAUGCGGAAAAUUAUACGAAGGAAAAAACAGCUUCGCCAGGAGCCGAACUUAGACCAUCUGUGCAGAAUGUCAACUCCAUUAGACCUCUACUCCAUGCUGCCAACUUUUAAAUAGAAGUGGAAAAUAAUUAUGUUUAUUAUAUUUAAAGCUUUUUUUUGACAUUUUGCUGUGAUAGACACUGUUUGAAGCUGGUGGAAGUGUCUGUAUCAUGAAUUCGAAGAUGUAUUUGAAGAAAUUUUGCAGGAUUUUGGCGGUAGAAGGCAAACUUAUGGCUGACAUAGCCGAUAAGCAUCUCGCAAACCGUCCCAAUCUCUGUGUGCCACUAAAGUAAAGCCCUUCCAAAAGGGGUUAGAAACUGGUUGGGUGACCAGCUGCGAAUAUCUUGUUGGAGUAUUCCUACACUUUCACUGUUGUGUUCUUCUUUUUUAUUUCAUUGUCCUAUGUCUUGAUUCUUUAAUGUGUAUUUCAGAGCAUAUUUUGCAUUAUUUUAGUUGCCACAUGAAUGCAAAGAUAGGUUAAAGGGAAAACCAAGGUUUUAACAGUAAAGAGCUGAACUGAAACUCACUUGCGAAAAACAUAGCUUGCACAAAGCGAAAUGCACUGCAGAUGUUCUUUCAUGUUGAUUUUUGCUCUCUUUUUGAAGCUACUGGUCCAAAUUGGUUGUUUAGUUUGCAGUUCGCUGUCAUUAAUUUGCAUGAGAAACCUGUCGCCAUUCAUCAACAGUUAACAGUUUCUUACAUAGGAUGAAUAAACACAAUGUUAGUUUUUUGUGAAUAAAACAUGAUAGUGCAUGAAGGCAUGUUGCUUGGAAAUGUUAAAAUGUACCUCAACAACACAAUCAAUGACCUCACUGUUACUACCAACCUCAAUACACAUGUUCCACAUGUGAUGCGAAUUUCGAAAAAAUCGUAAACUCGUAAAUUGCAUUAAACCUAAGGUCAGAUGUAACUGUUAUUGUCUGGAGUCAAAGUAAAUUUAAAGUGUGACUGGGCAGAACAUCAGAUGGUAGCAGUGCAACCUGUCCCAAGAGCAGUUCUUAUUUCUUGACCUUAACCACAGUUAAGAGUUGUUUGAAAGGCGAAUAGUGCUAUCCACUGGAUAAAUCCCUAUCCAGUGGAUAGAGUAAUUGGUUGCCCCAAUACUUGUGCAGAAUAGUCUAAUAAAUUGUAAUUUUAGAGUUGUUGUAAGUUUUUAACCUCUGAUUUUUAGGCUGAUAGCUUAUCACACUGAUUUGACUAAAAUAGGUUUUAAAAUGAGGGAAUGACAUUUCAGGAAACUUAGCUCCUGAGACUUUACCAGGGAGGGCUGGGCCAUAACCCUCAACUCACCCUCCCCCACAGGAGAGUGCACCUCUGGAGCAUAUUUUUUGCCUUACCGGUCAGGAAUGGUCCCUAACCUGCCGAGCUGACAUUUAGGGACAACAAUGCCUCUGAUGGGCAAGGAGUAUGUUGAAGUUUCCAAUUUAUUGGCAUAUAACAACUUAAAAUGAUUACUGAAUUCAGCUUUUGCAUGAUAAGAAAAAUUUUUGGUGAUAUUUUCUCACUCAGACUCUCCCGGUUUGCUGGUGAUUCACAGUGUACAUUGAGAAAGCAACUCAGUGAAUGCAGAAUAAUUGUUAAUCAUGAGGAUCAGAGUAAAGUAAUAAUUUUUUUUUUAAUAUAUCCUCGCUGUUCUACCAUUUGGCUUCAUCAGGUCAUCAUCAAACACACAUAGCUCAGAUGUGAUGAUUUGGUGGCACAUUUUGAAUAAAGAACAUGGGUUAAGAAUCAAAGCUAACUUUCACGCGAUUUUUUGAAAAUUUCUCAAAAGGGCAUUAAUAAAUGGGUGUGCCUUGCUUACUUAAUGUUUAUACAGGAACUAAACCAUUACUAAAUGUGCAAUCAGACUUGAUUCACGCAAAACAUUUCUAUUCGGAAAUCUUUAUAAUAAUCAAGUGUGCAUGAAUAUCAUCUAAUGAAGUCAUACAUGUACCUCAACUCUUUGUGACACUUAAUGGUUUUCAUUCUUGAUAAUGAUGCUAGAAACAUCAAAUAAUGUUACUUUUAAUUUUUUUUUUGUUAAAUGCUUCGACAAGUACGUUCUUAAAAGUGGUAAGUGGAGUUUGGUUACGGAUUAGAUAUGAAAUUAUGGGGAGGGAUUUAUUCUACACGAAACAGGAUUUCCUUGCUAAACUUUUUCAUGUCCUACUUUAUUUUAUUUUAUCGACAGUCAAGUUUUCUUUGGGAUGAUUUGUUUCUGAAUAGAGCAUUUCACAGUUGAGCUUAGCAUCCUAGCCUUUGAGCGAACGUGGGACUGAGGCUGAGUUUGUUUUGAUACAAACCACCUUUUCUUAUGGAAAUUAUGUUUAAAAAAUACCAGUAAGCGUAAGAAUGACAUCAUUUACAUAAUAAGGCAGGAAGGGUUGUAUCAAAACAUGGUCAACUCCAUUUGCAACUGUGAAAUGGACUAUUGAUUGAGUACACGUUUCUAAUAAAUGAAAAUCAAGGGCCUCGACUUAAGAGAAAAUACAUCAUUCCCAAAGAGCAAAAACAUGAUGAACAUGGUGUGUCAUUUAUAUCAUCCCUGAAAAUAGACCACAUGCUCAUCUCAAGACUCAUUUGCAUACAGUGAAAGUCUACAAAACCCAACCAGCUAGGCUCCCCAUUGAAGUUUUGCCCAAGACAUAAAGAUUCUUCUUUUUUUUAACCAAUAAAGUAUUCACUUGUUCCAAAGUAAUCAUUGCUUUCAAGCAGUAGAAUUUGUGGACCAAACUGUUGCGGAAAAGCUCGAUGUGUCACCAACAGCAAGCUUGACUAACAAGCAAUUGACCAUGUGGUUUUAUGAUUACAUGUAGGUACAAAUAAACCAAUCUCAGGACAUGCUCUGUAAUUUGAAAUAUUGAGGUCCUUAGUCGCAUAAUGCACCUUUUCCAAAGCUAAGCAUUGGAAAAUUUCAGCAACAAACAAAUAAAAGGCUGCGAAAAUGCAAAAAUGCUGUUUGCAGUUUAUUGUUGCAAACAGCAUUUUUGUAGAUAAAAUUCCUAAAAUGCACUGUGGCCUAAAGGAACCAUCGUGGGACUUUGAUCUGACCGGAAAUCAACAUAGUGAAAGUGGAACCAGUUCUUUUGUCAGAAAAGGUUAUUAUUUAUUUAACAGCCCGGUCUGUCACCCAUUGCUUAAUUGACAAAUUUCAAGGUAAAAAAUUGCAAGCCAACAAUGACGGAGAAUUACCCUUUUAAAACAAAUUUCAGAUUCGUUUCCUCCUCUUCCCCUCUUCUUUUCUUAAAUUCUGUUUUUUUCCCCUUCGCUCUCCAUUUGUGCCACUUUCAACUACCUGAAUGCCUGGAAGAGGCUAUUUUGGACUUGAAAGACUGUAGAGUCCAUUUGUCUUUUACUUAACUCUAAUUGAGACCAUGUAUUAUAUGGCCCUAAGGUCAUCAUAGAAUGUGUUUUCCGUCAUGUACAGUAUGAAACCUAGGUAUGUAAAUCCUUAUUUCAGCAGAACAUAUAUUUUGUUUAAUAUUGCCUAUCAUAUCUCUUAUCUUAGUAGGAUUUGUAUCGGUAAGAAGCAAACUUUACAUGUUUGAUCGCACCUUACCAGUGAUGUAAGUCUCAAUGGGCUUUUCCUGCCUGGUCUCCAUUGUGCAACACUUGUGAAGAAAUUAUUUUACAUGACAAAGUGAAACAAUGCUUUAUAGAUAGAGGCAUUACAAUGCCUCUGCAGUCGUUUAAUUUGUCAUUUACUAUUUUCUUAUUGUCUUUAAGGACAAUGCACCCAUUUUUUUGGGGGGGGGGGGGGGGGGCAGAAUUAAUGUAUGGUUUUAUUGUGUGCAUGCAAAACCUCCUCGCGUCUCUAUUGUGUAUCAGUGCAAUCUUAAUGUUUGGGGCCUGUUUCUCGAAAGUCCCAAUAAUAAAAUUUUGGACCCAGAAAGCUGUCGUUUAUAUUUGAGAUUGAAUAAUUGAAUAAUAAUGAUUGAAUAAUAUAUGAUAACAAUAACAGUUAACAAAAUAUGCAUGGACCCAUGCUUUUAUUCUUUAGAAUUAAAUUUGACUUGGGGGAUGUAAGGUUACCAGGACUUUUGAGAAACAGGUGCCUGAGUUAACCACCCACUACCUGUCCUCAGUACUCAUCUGACAGACAUAAAUCCUGUUGAUCUUUUUUGGGAAACAGGUGACCAGUUUAUCAAUAAAGCAGUGCUUUAUUGCGUGUUUUAGUAACACGAAAAUAACAAUCUGAAAAAGUAGUUAACUGCUCCCUGGGCUGAGAGAAGUAGUUUUGAAAAACAUAGGGUAGGUUUUUGUGUUUGUUAAAUUAUUGGGUUUUUAACAAUUCUUGGUAUGAUUUUAUCACAUAAUAUAGUCAUGCAUGGAGGAAUUCAACAAGAUGAUGUAAAUGAUGCAGACUAUAUGUUUAGCAGCAAUGCUGCUGCAGAAGAUACUUUUUGGUAGGUGGAACUGUGGAGUCAGUAAAGUAGCCUCUUUUCUUGGGUUUGUACUGUAAGGCUAAGUCUGUGCAUGUUAAAACAAUAUAGGUCUAAGCAGCAAUCACAGUGUUUGGAGACAGUCAAAUUUAUGCUGUUUCAGAUUCAAAAAGUGGAAAUUUACAUACUUUUUCAACUCAUUGCAAAUGCAUAGUUAAUGCUGUAAUAUUGUGCAAUGUAAAACUCCCAAGUUCUGAUCUGCAUUAAACAGUGGGUAGUAUACUUUCUCCAUCAUAGAAAAAUGUUGCGAUUUUUUGUGCUAGGUUAUUUGCAGCCAUGGCCCCACAUUGAAAUCAUGAAGUUUGGAUCUCUUCAUCUUUAUAUAGUUAUUGCCACCUUAAGACUUAGAUUUCUUUUCAUGUACUUUUAAACUAAACUUUAGUUUUCAUUAUAUUUUCUUGUUUUCCAAAAUCAUUCUCUCUCAACUUGCCUGGUUUGUAAUAACUUGUUUGUAAUAACAACAUCUCAUUCCAUUGCAGGGUUUUUGAGUCACUGAAAUACCAGAAUGAGGAAUUAACUGUCUUUGACUCUUCAUUAAUUGAAGAUACCCUUGCAGGUGGCAUGGGCUAUUUAAGUAGCAACAUUUCAGGAUCUCAUAUUCUCAUUCAUCCAGCAUACCAAGAAGGUAUUCUGUUUAAAAUGAUUAUUUUGAAGAACGAUUAAAAUUGAUCAGGCAAGUACAAGCAUAACCUCUAGCAGCAUAAACCCAUAUCUACAGAAAAGUGUCAGGAAUUAAGACAUGACUCAAGGCUUACUUAACCUUACAAACAAGUUGAUUCAAGGAACUGGGUGUGAAGACAAAGAAUCACUAUUAUCAGUCCUCUUUGUUUCUAAUGAAACAUAGGUUCUCCACUAAUGCUCUGACUAAGAAGUGACUUUUGCCUCAUGCCAUGUAAGGCCUCUCUUCUCAAUUUCCAACAUCCUUGUGUGCCUUCAAGUGUGUUAGGGUCUUUCCUUGUCUUAAGCUUCCACUGUGAGUUCCAUGUAAGGGCUGUUUUGGUCACAUAUCCAUCUGGUCUCCUCAAUUUGUGCAGGCCAAUCCAUUUCCUUGUUCUUUCUUUUAUUUCCUGUUCUAUAAGCUGCUGCGUCUCUGCAACUCUUUAUUUCGAAUUCUUCUGCAUCACCAAAUCCACAGAAUGCUCCUUGGGCACUUGUAAAUAUACACCUGUAACUUCUGCUUCAGUUCCUCAAUCAAAAGCAGGGCACCAAAACCUGUAUGUCCGAUUGUCCGGGACAGGUAGAAAUUUAGUUCGGACAUGUGAACCUUCGACAUGACUUGUCCAUGGGACAAGCUCAUUUUUAAUAGAAAAAAAAAACAAAAACAUUUGAAAAUUGAAAUUACAGUGGAAUUAAGGUUUAUUGUAUAGUCAUGAAAGCAAACCUCCUACUUGACAAAAUAAGGUCAAAUAUUCAUAUACUUCAUUUGUUUUAAUGAGCUUGCACCAUUUGGCUAAGGAGCCUGGUAAAACGUUUUGGACACGAACUCUUGGGUUUUGGACAACCUAAUUUAAUAUAGUGCUUGGCCGAGGGACAAGUGGAUAAGAAAAUUUUACUCUUACUCCGAAAAGAGCGUGGCCUUUUCAUCUGACCCAAAGAUUCUCAACUUUAUCCUGUUGUAGCUAAAAGUGAUAUGGAAGGCCAUAAUGGUGGUCUCAGCAUCACUAACACCUGCUUCCCCUUCCCAAUGCAUGCCUGUAUGUCUGCCAGCCUCAUUUUCCCUUCAUACUCAAAAUACCCCCAUGGUACAUUGCUGUACCUGAACUCAUCUCCCUCCUCAAUCUACCCCCGAUGACCAUCACCCUGUUUGGCAAUAAUUUUGUGCACUGGUCUUCGGGCCAACCUUCGCACUCUUGUCCCUCAUGUUCUGUAUACUGUGUGACAAUAGGGCCAGAUCAUGGCGAAAACCCAGAUCCUCUAGGAUCUUUCGUGAAGGAACACUGUAAACCACAGAAGGCAAGAAUAGUACUGUAGAUUUUGGAAAAGAUUACGGUGGUUUUGCAUUUGUCAUAAUUAAGAAUUUUCGAUAAAUUAAGUGUAAGCUUGAAAAGUUACAUACAUACACACAUACUUUAGUAACGUGACUAACACUUAGCUAUAAAGCUAGUUUACAGGUCAGUCACCAAACUAAAAACAAGCUUGGAAACUAUAUAAAAUCGUUUAAAAUGAUACAGUAUAUGGAAAAAACUGCAUAAAAUUAUAAACUUGUUAAACUUAUAUACUAAGAAAACUAGGUUAAAUUGCGAAUAUAAGGAUCAAUAAACUUACAACUUUAUAAAAGUGUUUAAAAUGAUGUAGCACAUGGAAACUGCAAUAAGAUUAUAGAAACUAUGUAAUACUUAAAUUCUAAGAAAAACUAAGUUAAAUUGCGAAAGGGACUAUAAACUAUAAACGAGCUCCUUAGUUCCACGUUUAAAACUGUGGUAACUAUCAAAAUUUCUUAAAUUAUUUGGAAUAGUAUUCCAUAGUCGGGCAGCCUGGUAUGUCCAUGACUUGAUCCCAUACUUUGUUGAAUUUACUUUAGGUAAUUUUAAAAUAGCAUCACCACGUAAAGUAUAAUUGAAAUUACGUGCCGUCAAUAACUCGGAAAUACUUGUAGGUACGUUUCCAUUCGCAAUUGCUCCAAACACUGUAUUUAACAUUUUUGCAAGUCUUUGAUUUGCUUAUGUGCUAUAUCAAUUUUAACAACUAGUGUCUCAUAAGUAGAGAUUUUGUCCUGAUAAACUUAGCGGAGUGCCCGCUCGUUCAGUUUUUCGAGUUUUUGAAAAGUUGAAAACAUUCCCUCAAAUUUGAAAGUUGUGUUUAAUUGUGAAAGGCAAGUACCCGAAGUAUACGUAGCAAGGAAAUAGAGCAUUUCCAGAGAAAAUGCGAAUAAAACCCCGUGCAAACUGACGCAACAUUGUGGAAUGUUACAUGUUGCGUCCGUUUGCACACCCUGUUGCAUGUUUUUGGGUGUUGUUGGGAGUUGUUGCGCAAUGUUUGAAACCAAUAAAACUUUUUGCUCCGUGCAAACGGACGCAACAUUGCUGGCCAACAACUCCCAACAUUGUUAAGUUGCAUCCGCUUGCACGUAGCUUAUGUUCUAAAAUUCGAUGAAGAACUAAAUCAUUAGUUACAUCAUUGUCACCUGAUCUCCAUUCGAUUACAGUAAUAGCGACGGUAAUAAUUAUAAUAAUAAUAAUGUUCAAAGUUCAGCUUUCCCGUUUUGGAUAGUUUUGGUUCUUUAAAGCUAGACAAGGACCAAAAUUCCUAGGAGUGAAUGGGUCAAGGGUCUCUUUCUUCCUUCCAAGUACAAUGGAAUCCCUGUUUUUCGAAUAAUUGUUUUUUCGGAACUCAGGAUUUUUCGAAUUAAAAGUUGUUUCCGUUAGAUUUGCUUUGGUCUGUAAUUUUACCCCCAAUUUUUCGAAACCCCUUGAUUUUUGGAACCUCUCGAUAUUCGUCUUCCUUUCAGUAACCAACAAAAACCGGUUUUAGCUACAUGCACCCCUGUAUAAGCUUUCAACAAGAGCUAACCACCCGUUAUUUUAAAUAAAUUAACUAAUCCUAAAAUGUUUUUUUUACCGUGAACUUAUAAAUGGAAGAAGAUGUAGUCUGAAGUCCCGGAAAAAUUAACGCGCAUAUUGUUUAUCAAUUACAGUGCUGUUUUUUGUAUGGCUAAGUUGGGUUAAAUCUUUUAAGUUACAGCACAUGUAAGUUUUGUUCAUAAAUAAAGGUAGUAGAUGCAAGAGUGAAAUGCAAGAGUGUUAAACGUGUUUCAGAAGCUUAGAUUUGGGUCACGUGUAACGCCAUGAUAUCACGUGGUUAUAUCAUGUGACUUGGUUGAAGGGCUCGGACUCAGGGGUAGAGUUUUGACUUUAAAACUUGUCGAGAUAGUUUGGCUUUAAUCGUCACUGUUUAAAACGGAAUAUAAUCAACAAAGUAAGUAAACACACUUUAUUUAGUGAGGGUAACACAAAAAAGUAUAAAAACAAUAAAUCGAGCUAAAUAUGAAAAUGAUUUAAGCUAAGUGGUAAAACAGGUGUGAUUUGAUGUCACCUUCGAUUUUUCGAGUUCCUGAUUUUUUUAACAAAUUUUCAUUUCCCUCGGAGGUUCGAAAAUUCGGGAUUUCUCUGUAGUUUUUUUGGUUUAUAUAAUUUGGUUGUGUACUUUUGCAGAAAUGGAUAGUUUUUUGGAAAAGUGUCCAAGAUUUUAUAGGAGUAACGUACAAGCCGCCGCGGUGUUGGAUAAAAAGAAAAAAAGAAAUAAAAACAACUACCAAGUCCAGGUAAUAAUAAUCCGUUAUUUUCUACUGUACUGAGGGUGUUAUGUAUUUUGUCGAAUGUUUUCGGCAUAAGUGUUGGGAGGGAUUUCAGACUUGUUUAGUUUCUAUGGUAGCGUCCAUCCCUGAAAACUAUUUUCCUUUUAAAUAGCUAGUCUACCUUAGCCUGCCUCGCAGACGUAAUUUAACCUCGGUGUGAAGCAGCGUCAAGAUCCUUGUUUUGGGCCCCCGACGUACUCAACGAAUUACCGGAAGUCCGUUUCGAAUUUCCUUUCAUCCUGAUUGGCAAAUUGACAAUGGCUUUUUUAACUGGUCAAUCAUGGCGCGUACACCUGUUCACCGGUGGGGGCCCAAAACAAGGACUUAACGAGAGUUUAGUUUCGUCUGUGGCGCAGUUUAGUCCAUCUUUGUUUAAAACCACGCAGUGUUGGGGGUCCUGCAGUGUGAGGUCUUUCCUCUUAGUGGUGUUUGUUUGCUUGUUUUUUGUUUUGUUUGUUUCGUUUGGAGCAACUAGUUUUGUCAGUGCGCCGUUACGUUGGAGUUUCUUGAACAGUUAUCCAUAUUGAUGUAGAUUCGCUUGCUAUUGAAAGUACCGGGUUUUUGUGGUCUUUGUACUUUUGGUGCUUUUGCUUUCUUUCUUUCCCCUUGGUGCCCGGGAAUCAGUGCCUGGUACUGGUACAAAAUGGUGUUUUGUUGACACCUUGAGUACCCGAUAUGUGCACAUAGUCAAUUCACCCUGUCAGACGCCAUUUGGAAACAUGACCUUAGCAACGAGUACAAAGCAAUGGACUGCUCCUAUACUAAUAAAAUUAAAACAGGGUGCACACAAGGACCCGGUUCCCACUAGUGUGGCAUGUGCCCGAAAACAAGGUCUCGACCUUGUACGUACUUGGGUACCGAGCACGGCGAACGCUGCCUUAGAUAAAUAGAAGAAUGAACGGGGCCUUAGAGAAACGGACAAAUAGUUAAUGUGGGGUAAGGUCAUCACUUUCGGACCAUGGAUUAAUGUAGAUAAACAGAAUAAGGUAUAUGCGAUGUACCCAUUUCACGUUGCUUGUAUAUUUGUGCUAAUCCUAACAGGAGGAAGGAUUAGCACAGUUGGUUAGUGUGCGGUCUUCUGUGCGGGAGCUCGCGAGUGGAUUCCUUAAAUCCUUUUUUCAACUUCUUUCCUUUCCGUGUAGCUUUAAAUACCCCGAGAGAGGGGGGAGGGGGUAAAACGAGCGAACCAUCGGUCAGAUUUGUUAGUCAGAUGGCUAUUUCGAGCAAUUGACGUAAAAUAAGGACUCCUUACCUUUUUUUACCUUUUAAAAUACAUAUAGGUGGAACGAAAACAGAUCGGAAGGAGUGUCGAUGAAUGGGAGUUCACUGAUGAAUCGGGCAUUGCUGCGAGCACUCUUAACAAAGUUAGUGGAAAAGGAUGUUUCUUUACCUUUGAUCAUUUAGUAUUCUAGCUGAAUUUCAGCUUGUCAUUCAGGAGACUUUAGUUCUGAUAAUUUGGAAGGAUGUUUUGACAUUCUAAAUAUGCACAAUUAAAACUACCUAUGUUUUCAGAAUUUCUGGAAGUAAGUGAGAAUGAGCGUUUGUUUAUAAUGUUCUUCGCUACCUUCCCUCUGAAAGCUUGAAAAGAUAAUCUAAUGAUCUUGUUGUUAGCUUUAUUGCUGUGCGGAAAUACUUGCGAAAUGCUGCGUUGACGGUAGCGUCUCUUAUCUCCAUUAGGCCUCGAGAAAGCAAACUACAGUGUCACGGCACCAACCAUUGAAUUGUGAUGAACAUAUAAAAAAUGUGCAGGAUGUGUCGGUAAGGAUAAAAUAGGGUGAGGGUGACCUUGUUUUGAUACAAACCUUCUUUGCUUUGUUAUGGAAAUUGUUCUUGAAAAAUAAUAGUAAGCAUAAGUAUAACUUGAUUUACAUAAUAAAGCAGGAAGGUUUCUAUUAAAACAAGGUCACCCUCAGCCUCGCUUCCAUCCAUAACUGUAAAAUGGCCUAUUCAUUGUUAACGGCGGCGCAGAUUAAGAUAUAUAAAACAGGUAAACAUAAAACAGUAAAAUUAUAUUUGUAAAUGUGGUUCAUGGAAACAUUUUUCAUUGUCAAUAUUGUCAGAAGCUUUUCAGAAUGGAUAUAAAUAAGACAGUCGAUAAUAAUAAAGUUUGGAAUUCAGCUUUCGUGUAAUCUGGAAAAUUAAGCAGAUACGAAAUCCGAAUUCAGUGAUUGUUUUAUUGUUUAUUCAAAAUGAUUAACACUUUCAAAACAGCUAAAACAUGCUUGGCUUCAUCGAUGUAAAGUUCCCGUCUUCAUUUGCCUUUUUGCUCGGCAAAUCCAGGAUUCAAGGUGGUAUUAACAGUAAAAACCCGAAAAUAAGAACCUGGAUUUUUCCAAGUUAGCCUAAACAGGUGCUUAUAUAAAUGGUAAUUAGCAUAAAUUUAGGCUAUUUAGGUUGUUAAAUAGGUUCUUAUUUUCUGAAGAAAAAAAUGCAUUGUAGGUAAAAGUAUUUAGUGGUAGUCGGCUUAUUCCUUAUAUAAAACGUCGUAUACCAUGACAUGCAGUUGGAGCGAUAAGACACCUUUGUCUCCAGAGAGGACUCUGAAUGUUGACUUAUUUUACUUGCCCAAGUGUUCAGAAUUGUUUUAUAGAUUUUGGAAAAUAAGAAGCUGUUUCAAAGUUUAAGCUAAACUGGCAAAUUUUAGCUGCUUCCCGGUUGCCGUGCCUUUUUCUGAAGUUUUGCUGGACCACUGAUAUCAUUUUAUCGAGUAUCGCAAGCGUAUUGAAAUAAGUAGCUGGUUUUGAAAAAUUAGCCGAGGGAUUUGAGCCAAUUAGAAAUGAAGAAAUAUUUUGAAUGAUGUUAUAAGCAAAAAUGUUUCUUCAGAUUUUGGCUCGUGACAUUUUUUAUGUACUCAACCAACCGACCAUUUGGGCACCACUGUCUAAAUUUUGGGACGUAUAAGUGCGGUUAAGUUAAGUUGCUGGUACUAGAUGUAGGGGCCAUAAGCUCUCCACAAUCAAAACACAAAGUAAUUCAAAGAAACCACUGGCAGUAUUUUUUCUUUUGGGUUACCGAUAUUUAACUUUUUUUGUUAUGGUUUAGUAUGGCUAGCAUGAUAAUGUCAGUGUUGAAUGUGGUACAACGUUUUCUUGUCUACAGCUUAUACUUAGACCUCAAGGGAUAAUUUUGAAUAAAUCACACCGUCAUGCAGCUUGUAUAAUAGAAGGGAAAGCUAAGGCUAUGUUUCAGUCGCCUGAUUUGACGAUUGGAUUAAAAGUCCUGCAGAGAUUAAAAUAAAUGGCAGCUAUAGAGAGGAGAAGUGUGACGUCACGUUACCAUGGUAGCAAAAUUUUUGGAUCACAACAGUAGGGAGCUUAAGCAGCGACGAUGUCGACGGUAACGAAAAUGGCAGAAAAGCAAUAGGUUUAGAUUAGCAAAACAACAACUUUGCACGGCUGCGACGUGAAACUUCCUAAUUUCUCACGCCAGCUUGAUGGAGCACAGGUGAACACAACAUAAGAAUUUUCUUUUCCUUUUGUAAACUUAGAUGCCGUCCUUUCGGAUUCAACCCCAGAAAUUUCGCCAAUAUUUUACAAAUUAAAUGAAACUGAAUAAAAUCGAUGAAGUUUGAAACAGUGCGAAAUCACUUUUUAAGUGACGUUUUCAGUUUUGUAGUCAUCCAGAAAUUUUGCUACCAUGGCAACGUGACGUAACGACUUCUCUCUAUUUCCAGACGUAACUAAUCGAUGAUGAAUAAUAUCAAUGAGUAAUCGAUCAGUGAUUAGUCAUUGAUUAUUGACCAUAAUCAGUGGUAAUCGAUGACUAAUCGAUCGCCAAAAAUUUUGUGGCUUAUCGAUUACUCAUCGAUGACAUCGAUUACUCAUCGAUUAUCUUAUGAUUACCCAUCGAUUAGUCAUUGACUACAGACCUCAUACAAUUUCUAGCAAUUUUUUUUCUUAACUUAUUUCCGGUGAUAAAAGUUUACUUUAAUGGUUCUUGACGAUAAUAACCAAAUAGGAAUUGAAUUUGCCUGUAGAAAACCAAUGUAUAUGGGCCAGGACGAAAACAGAACGGCAAAUCAAAAUUAUUUACUGGACAGUAACUGACAUAUCAAAAACGAAAUUUCAGAAGGUGGAGUUAUCUGUCUUACUCUGUUGGCUACUAGAGUCUGUGUCUUUGUUGAGAAACGGCCACCGAAGAGUGCCUACCGGGUAAAAGAUUACAGCGUCUCAGUUGGUUGUUUCGAUUUAUGCAAAUUUAUAGAAACUAACUGAGUAAAUUUGAUCUAGGAAAAAUAUUAACGAGUGGUAAUGCCCACAAAUGUAUCUCAUUUCGAUUCAAACAUUUAAACGUUUCUUAACAAAACCGGGAGAACAGUAAUAACCUAACUUUACAUCGUGAAUCGGUAGCGUCCUCUCUCUUUGGCAGUAACCUGAGGCAUUCUAGUUAGCACAGGAAUAAUCCAGAUGGUUGGAAAUCCCAUGCGGUGGCUGUUUUCAGCAAAGAAUUGCUGCUUCGGCUUAGGAAGAUUUCCGUCAUAAGCAGCGGCAUUGACCAUAACUACAGUAGCUAAAACAAUUCAUUACCCUUCUAGCCCUAAUAUUAUUGUAUUAUUCGAUAACUAAUCAAUGACUAAUGAAUCGAUGACUGAGAGUUUUGUGGCCUAUCGAUUAUUCAUCGAUUACUUGAAUAUCGGAUAUAAUCAAUGGUAAUAAUCAACAGACUACCCAUCGAUUACUUAUUGAUUACUCAGUGAUGUCAUUGAUGUCAUCGAUUAGUUGCGUCUCUUUCAAAACUUCGGCAGGAACAGCGAGAUCCCUCAGCAUCACAUAAGACAUGGUGAUCUGUUAAGCCUAAAGUUAGGCAAAAUAUUUAAAUAUGUGAGAAGCGUUUUUGAUACAGUGGCGCGAAAUAGCGUAAUUUACAUGUGUCCGUAGAUUUUCUCAUGUUUUGCUUUUAAUGAUUUCUAACAGAUGGAAGAAUUUACCAGAGAACAUCAUCAACCUGUUGAUUACGAUUCUUCGGAUGAAUGGGACUUCAAGGAUGAGGUUUCAGGCAUUCAGAUAAAAAGCCUUAUUAAGGCAAGAAGACGAAGUCGAAAUACGGUUGAUUCUAGUACCAGAUCGUGCCAUGUAUCGUCAUUACCAAGUUCAAGUCCAGUUUUAAAAACAAUAAAAACACCCACUGAUAAGCAAUCGAGAAAAAGAACAUUAUCAAACACACGCGAACAAAUUGGAAGCGUAAUGUCUCCGACUGUAGUAGGAAAAGUUAGAGGGGAAUGUUUGGUUUCAAAUUCCGUCCACCCUAACCACUGUACAGAGUAUGUUAAAGACACCAGGCGGCAGUAUGAGUAUGGUACACAAGCACAGUUACGAGAUGUGCAGUACAAUUUGAACCUUUCAGACAAUUCUCAGUCUAGUGAUAGUGCAUCUGGAGCUUCUGCAAAUCCCAGGUCACAUUAUUUGAGUAGUAUGGAUGAUGGUAAGUAUACAUUAGUCAAUACUUAUAACUAGGGUGCAUUAAUAAUCAUUGUUCCCUAUGUUCAGAAAACCAUACUGGAUUGGGCUUCUGUUCACAUAUUAGAACGAUGAUUUAGGCGCGAUUUCUGUAACGGAGCGAGCGCCGCGCCGAUCUCUAAAGUGGAGAAUAAACAUAUCAGACACGUGUUUAUACUGAUCCGGUAAUAGGCCGCAUCGUGUGAACAUAGCUUAAAUUUCUACGAAAAAGACCACUCAGUUAGGUUGUGAGGAAAGAAAGUUUGGGUUUGCGUCUCUAUUCUUGAAUGACUCCUCGUUUGAUUACGAAAUGAUUAUUUUUUAAAAAAUCAUGUCUGAGCUGACGUGCGGUGACGCACGAAAAGAAAACAGGACUGUCGCUUAUACCUAAUGACUCGCCAGCGCAUAUUUCAUUUUUGGGUCAAACCUUCGCGUAGCAAACACAAAUGACGUGAAGCAAAAGUAAUUCUUUGUUUUCUGAUCACGUAAAAAUCUGCUUGGUAUAGUUUCGUGGUUUUUGUUCUUUUGUUUUACAUCAUCUGUUUCCGGUACACGAUGUAAAUGCCCAUUUUUAGUCAACGUGAACGGUCGAUGCCACCAUUGGUAACCAAGCCGUCAGUCGUGAUAGAUGUAAUAUAUUCCCUGGAUUAAAAGAACGACGUUCACGCUUAAGUUUUUUUGGUGGGUGUGGGUGUGGUCGUGUAGUGGUAGGGGAGAGAGAGAUUAGGACACGAAAGGUCCGGGUUCGAUCCUUGGUUGCGAUGUUCUUUCUUUGUAAUAGAAACACUCUCAAUAACAGGCAAAAAAUUGGUUAUGGGAAAUUAUUUUGUGAUUUUUGAGACAAUCCAACCUCUUCAUUGGUCAAACAAUCUGGAUAUUAAGGUUGUGUCGUGUAGUGGUAGGGGAGAGAGAUUAGGACACGAAAUUAAGACACGACGACCCUUGGUUGUGAUGUUCUUUCUUUUUAAUAGAAACACUCUCAAUAACAGGCAGAAAAUCUCGAAGUGUCUUAAAAAUGGCAGCGACCGUUUACGAAAGGGAAAUUUGCGGCAACUAUUCAUUAUUCUGCAAGUUAAUCUCUAUUCUUUAUUUCCUUUAUUAGGUGUCUUACAUAUUGAUGACAUCAAGCUUUCAAAUACUCCAAUAUUUGAUUUCAUCCCAAAUCAAAACGGAUGUACAGUGGAUUGUAAAUAAAGCUAAAUUGUUUUCGGCUUGGACACUCAAUGAUCAUCGACGUUAUCGUUAUUUCACCAAAGUUAUAGAUGUUUGCUGCAAACUUUUUACAGUGAAGUUACCCGUUGCAUAUUUCACAAACUAUAAUUUUCUCUUCGAUUGUCAACUAUUUUAUGAUACUCAUCCUAUUAGUGCAAGUCAGUUUAGGCUGGGUGAUGAUCUUGCCUGAAUUGUCAUCUAGUUUUUAAUGGAUGAGGAGUAUCCAGUUGUCAAUUGUCAGUCGAAGUGCGCUUUCUGUUUUUAGUGCUGGCUGAACUGGAAAAACUAGCCGCUUUUCUCGGUGUAAAUAGAUGGGGAAAGUCGAGUUCACGUGGGUUUGAAAUACGCAGAGACAGCGUACAAACAUCGUGGUUUUUUAACUCAUACGCACAUGUCUCCCUCUUUUGAGAGUUAUGAUGCGCCAAAGACGAAAUAGUUAUGGGAAAUUAUAUUGUGAUUUUUGAGACAAUUCAACCUCUUCCCUGGUCGAACAAUCUGUAUAUUAAGGUUGUGCCGUCGUCAAAGAAACGGUGGUUGUCGAUGGAAAUAACUGUCGACACAUUUUCGAAGACUUAUCUCAGUUCAGAUUGAAGACCGUAAUUCUUGAAAGCUUGCCAUUCCUAGUGUGACUAAUAUAUAGAUUUAGCCAAGGCUAACAGCAAAGCGUCCAUUUAUAUACUUUUAAUUACUUAAAACCAAAAAAUUAAAGCGAACAAGCUUCAACCUAUGCAAAGAAAUCCAGAAAUUUAUACUUAAACAUGGC